GCAGAAACGCAGCUGAAUGGAGCUUAAAGGGCCACAGAUGAAAGAACUCGAACACGUUUCUGAAGGUUUAAGAUGUGUCUGACAGUGACCUCCUUACCUUACUAAUAAAGAAGAGUUUUUCAGCAGACUCCAACUUCUUAAUGUACUAACUGGAAUGGUGUUCUGACAACAAUUCUCCAUAGUAAAGUACAUACCCUCUACAGAACAGUAUUAUUUUCUCUACUGAUAAUGCAACCCAAUGGAGCAAAGUAAUGUUUUGAUAAGCAUGCCUGAAGAUCGUUCCUUUCAUGUUCGAUACAGGAUGGAGGCUUCCUGCCUGGAGCUGGCUUUGGAAGGUGAGCGCCUGUGUAAAGCAGGAGACUGCCGAGCCGGUGUGUCUUUCUUUGAAGCAGCAGUUCAGGUUGGAACUGAAGAUUUAAAAACACUCAGUGCUAUUUACAGCCAGUUAGGCAAUGCCUAUUUCUACUUGCAUGAAUAUGCAAAGGCUUUGGAAUACCAUCACCAUGAUUUAACUCUUGCAAGAACAAUUGGAGAUCUACUGGGUGAAGCUAAAGCUAGUGGGAAUCUGGGCAACACCUUAAAGGUACUUGGGAAUUUUGAAGAAGCUAUCGUUUGUUGUCAGAGACAUCUGGAUAUUUCCAGAGAGCUUAAUGAUAAGGUUGGAGAAGCGAGAGCACUGUAUAAUCUGGGAAAUGUAUAUCACUCUAAAGGGAAGAAUGUAGCCAGUGCUGGGACUCAUGAUCCAGGGGAACUUCCAGAUGAUGUGAAGAAUGCUUUACAAAAAGCUGCAAAUUAUUAUGAGGAAAACCUGUCAAUAGUAACAGAGCUGGGUGAUAGAGCAGCACAAGGACGUGCCUUUGGAAACCUGGGAAACACACACUAUCUUCUGGGCAACUUCAGGAGUGCGGUUUUAGCCCACGAACAGCGUCUCCUAAUAGCAAAAGAGUUUGGUGAUAGAUCAGCAGAAAGAAGAGCAUACAGCAAUCUUGGAAACGCCUACAUCUUCCUGGGUGAAUUUGAAACCGCUUCGGAAUACUACAAGAGGACGCUCCAGCUGGCUCGACAGCUUCAAGACAGAGCUGUGGAAGCACAGGCCUGCUACAGCCUUGGGAACACGUACACUUUGCUUCAGGACUAUGAAAAAGCAAUUGAUUAUCAUUUGAAACACCUUGUGAUUGCUCAGGAGUUAAAUGACAAAAUUGGUGAGGGAAGAGCAUGUUGGAGUUUAGGGAAUGCUUACACUGCGCUGGGAAAUCAUGACCAAGCUAUGCAUUUUGCAGAAAGGCACUUGGAGAUCUCACGAGAGGUAGGAGAUAAAAGUGGAGAACUCACUGCUAGACUUAAUCUCUCAGAUCUUCAAAUGGUUCUUGGAUUAAGCUACAGCACAAACAACUCCAUGAUGGCAGAAAGCCACGCGGUAGAUACCAGUUUGAACGGUACCAGACCAAGAGUAGGACGCCGUCACAGUAUGGAGAACAUGGAACUUAUGAAAUUAACUCCAGAAAAGGUUCAGAACUGGAACAGUGAGAUUCUUGCUAAACAGAAACCACUGCUUGCCAAACCUUCAGCAAAACUGCAUUUUGUAAAUCGACUAAAAGGCAAAAAGUACAAAACCGGCACCACUUCCAAAGUUUUGCAGGAUGCCAGUAAUUCUAUUGAUCAUCGACUUCCAAACUCACAGAGGAAAAACAGUCGAGAGGCAAUGGCAGAUGAAGGGUUCUUUGAUCUGCUGAGUCGAUUCCAGAGCAACAGGAUGGAUGAUCAGAGAUGCUACUUCCAGGAGAAGAACAGAUUCCCGGCUCCUUCAGUGGCAACAUCCUCUACUCCACCUAAAACAAUGAGAAAAUCCCUUUCUACAUCUAUAGUCUCACCCCACACAGAUGAGUUUCUAGACCUACUCGCUAGCUCACAGAGCCGCCGGCUUGAUGACCAGCGUGCCAGCUUUAGCAACCUACCUGGACUUCGUCUUAAUCAGCACAACAGUCACUCAGUCUUGGGUCACCUCAUGGCGAGUAACAACAGGGACCUAGAUGAUGACUUCUUUGAUAUAUUGGUAAAAUGUCAGGGUUCCAGAUUGGAUGAUCAAAGAUGUGCUCCUCCCUCAUCUGCAAAAGGACCAACUGUACCAGAUGAGGAUUUCUUCAGCCUGAUUUUACGGUCACAAGCUAAGAGAAUGGAUGAACAAAGAGUCCAUUUACCCUCAGCUAUAAAGGGCCCAAGUUCUAGCUGAAGAAACAAACAGGCACGUACUGUACAGUAGCAUCUUAGGUAUCAUUUUGUUUGCUGGAAAAACAUAAUGCCUUCUUACAGAAGACUACAGUUAGUAGUUUUGCCCCCUUUCUAAUAAUUUUUUGUAUGAAUAGCAGCAGCAUCACAUUUGUGACUAGUAGUUAUUGCUGCUGCUGCUUGCUGCAGUGUCCGAGACACUGAUUACUGUGUAUCCUUCUUAAAUGCCUCGCGUCUGUGAAC